CCGGCGCGCUGAUUGGCCGCGUAAGCCGGACGUUCUCCCUUCUCGCCCCCUCUCAUAUGUUGUCAUUAAACUCACGAAGGGAGCAGGUCAGUAAACACGGGGUGGGCGGGGGUUGCUUCUCAAUGCUAUUAAAACAGCAGCUUUAACGACAGCUAUAUAACCGUAGCGCCCGAAGAUAGGAUGUGUGACGGCACGGCGGUGGUUCCCUCUGUCUCGCGACCGCAGGCAGGUUAACGUGGUUAGCCACGAUGCUAACGCCAUUACGCUAGCCCUGGGUGGGUGGGUGCUCAAUCACGGCGUUAUUGUCGCAGGCGUAGCUUCACUACCGUCGCCGUGAUUGUUGGAACGUAUUCCUCGGAAGAGAACAAGAUGAAGGUGGAGUGUGUGGAGUCGCCGGAGAAGGCGACGGAGGACGAUGUCGUGAUCACGUUCAAAAGUGAGGAUGAAGGGCGGUCACGUGACAGCACGGAGGACGAUUGCACGGACGGGCAGAUGCUCGACAUCCGAGUCAAGGAGGAGCCGCGCUUCCCCCAGAUCAGCGAGAUCAUUUGUGGCGUCCCGUUAAGCUAUUCGGAAGAGACCCCAGAUGGUCACCGUCCUUUCAAGCGGGAACCUGACUUGGACCUCCAGGCAGGAUGCGAGUACGAGGUGGCUGUCAAGCUGGAGGACGUCAUCAAAGAAGAAGAAGAAGACGGACAAGACGAGGAUUCACAAGAUGGAGACCAGGUAGAGGAUGACGGGGAGGAGGAUGACACUGAGCUGCUGUCUGAGUUCUUCCCCUGUCUUCACUGUGAUGUCUCCUUCACAAACCUGGACUUCCUGGAGAAGCACGUUAAGUGGGUACACCAGAAGGAGUACCUCGCUGAGCUCAAAAAGUGUCUCUCUGACUGUGACCAGAACCUCAUCCCGCAACACAUCUGCACUACCUGCGGUAGCACCUUCAGUUCUAAAGUCUACCUGCGAGUCCACGUCAAAGAGGCCCACCCGUCCGCCCCACCUCGCCGGCUCCACCCUUGCCCGACAUGUGCGCGUAGCUUCCAGUACUUGAAGAACCUGAAGAACCACUGUCAGCGCUGGCACGACAUGUCGGUGGUCAUCAGAGGGGGGCAUCUGUGCUGCAUGCUCUGCGGGAAGAGUUUCAAGGCCACCUGGGGACAGGGGCCCCAUCUGUGCAAUGCGCCCAACGCGGAAUCUGAGGAGAAGCCCAUUUGUCUGGAUGUGGGUGUUGAGUGUAGCGAGUGUGGCAAGAAGUUGCGCACGCCCCAGAGUUUGGAGGACCACAUGCGCACCCACACAGGUGACCGGCCAUUCGUGUGCAAGGACUGCGGCCGGCGGUUUGUGGAGCGCAGCAGCUGGCGCCAACACGCCCUGAUCCAUACGGGCGAGAAGCCGCACAAGUGCCAAGUGUGCGGGAAGGCCUUCCAGAGGGGACACCAGCUCAAAUGCCACCUCACCACGCACUCUGCCAAGAAAGAGUUCUCCUGCAGCCAAUGCGGGAAGGAGUUCGGACUCAAAGCGAGCUUGAAUCUCCACCUGAGGACGCACUCCAACGAAAAGCCUUUCCAUUGUCUGGUUUGCACCAAGCGAUUCAACACCCGCAAGAACCUGCGCGUGCACACCAAGCUGCACAACGGCGACAAGACGCACCAGUGCAGCGACUGCGGCCUGAAGAUCAGCGACUUGGGCGCACUAAAGAUCCACCUGCGCACCCACACUGGCGAGAGGCCCUACCACUGCACAGUCUGCGGCAACAAGUUCAUCCGCCUUGCGCACCUCCGCAACCACCAGCGCACGCACACCGGCGAGCGGCCCUACAAAUGCGACCAGUGCGACAAGAGCUUUACGCAGUCCGGUGACCUGGUGAAGCACAAGCGGACGCACUCCGGGGAGAAGCCCUUCGAGUGCCCGGAAUGCCACCGCCGUUACACAUCAUCCGGCGACCUGGGCAAGCACCGGCGCACUCACACCAACCUGCGACCGUACAUAUGCGAGGAAUGCGGCAAAAGCUUCCGCCUGUCGGGUCAUUUGAAGACGCACAUGCUCACGCACACCGGUGAGAAACCGUUCUCCUGCCCCAUCUGCCUGCGCAGGUUCGCCCGCUCCCACCACCUCUCCGGACACGUGGCGAAGUGUCGCUGACUUGAAAACUGUGUACUUAGCAAAAUCUUUCAAAGUGAACUACAGUGGAACCUCUAAAUUAGUCGGAACGGAGCACUGCUGCUUAUUGCAUAAAAACUGAGUUGGGGCUGGCUGAUGCGGGUUUUCGAUAAAAAUCUUUGUAAUCUUCUGGUUUUAAUUGAUUACGCCCCUUCACUAAACACAAAUCACCCAUCAAAUCAGCGAAUUGCUAACAUUUUACAAAGCGAGCAGAAAGGUGCCUUUAAACACAACCCUUUUAUACAUUUUAAUCUAAAAAAUGUCAAUGUUAAACAACUUAUCACAAAAGUGAUAUUCCCUCAGCAAUAAAGUUUUUGGAGCAUCCAUUAUUCUGCUCUGGGAAGUGUAUUUCAUCCUGUACCCCUGUGACCCAACCCGCCCCAAAAAAUAAGGAUUUAUCUUGCAUUGUAUCAAUGUAAUGGCCACAACGUGUUAACUCGAACCCAAUAAAACGAUAUAUCGAUUAAUUCCCCUCCUGCAAGUCAUUGACACCCCCCUCCCCACCAUGGAUGCUCAUCUCCCCACCCGCAACAGUUUUAUUCGUGGUACCAUGGCUUAAGUUUAAUUUGUGCUGUAGGGUUAGCCGCCCAAAUUACUUUCACAGUCAAUCCCAGAUUAUUUCUGGUUCGGAAUUCACAAAUCUGCUUUAUUUGUAGAUUUUAUUUUCUUUUUUAUCCCACUGUAAAAUCACAACCUGAGAAAACUCAGAGCAGCUCACUUACAGAUACGUUGAGAGGGACCUUUGGAGGCGCCACCCCACCCACUUCCAAAUUUAAUUAAAUGUCACACUGCUCGCCUUGGCUUUCAGAAUGAAAUGCUUCCACUCUUUUGCCAUUUUCUGUCAUUCUUGCUAUUUUCUUCUCUUCGUUGUCGCCAUGUUGCUGCUUCUUCAGUCACGCAGCUCAACUUCCACCUCCUAGUUCCGAGGUGACCUUGCACGUUGUGCCACUUUAACACCAUUGGUUCCCUUGUGCUUCAUAAUAUAUAUAUUUAUUUUUAACUCAAGGUGCUUGAAAUACCCAAGUCCUAGUUGCUGCCCUAAUUGUUGAGUUAUUGUGUCUUUUCACCAUGUUAUACUGAGCAGCCAUGAAAGAAGGAGUUAUAUGCACCACUACUUUGGCAUUCAUCCUCGCCAUUUUAAGUCCGAUGUUUAGCGUCACACUUGCCUCUGUUGUAACUGCACUUGAAGAAAAUUUUGAAGUAAGCUAAAGAAUAAGCAAAACACUUGUGGAAUUGCAUCUGUUAAACGUUUAUUCAUUUUAAAUCUCACAACUUUUGGGGGACAUAACCACUUGGAGGCAGACAUAGAUCAUCUGCAAGGAAAAGAGAAUGAGAAGAGGAGGAUGGAAAAUUCACAAAUUCGACUUGAGAGGUUCCACUGUAUUUAAAAUUUUACAUGGAAAUUGAUGUUCUUAUUUUCUUUUAAUUUGCUAAGUCUGCAGUACUCUAUUUAUUUCACUAUUUUUUUAAAUUACGCUAAUAGUACAAAGUGAUGUGGCAUACAUUGUGGUGUACUUGAUUAAUUCGUCUCGACUAACUCGUGCUGUUCUACUUGUAAAUGUUUAAAAAAAUAAGAAAAUGUAAUAAAUUAUAUGACCAGUGCA